UGUCAAACAAUGUCUACAGGUCAACAUAAAUUUCAGUCUUUUCAAACCAUGACGGGCGCUUCUACCCGAGAUCAAACUAUCGAAGAACGUUAUGGCAUUCCCGAGAACUUUUUAGAGAUUGAAGUCAAAAACCCUCAAACACACGGUUUUGGACGUAAAAUGUACACAGAUUAUGAGAUUCUCUGCAGAACAAACAUCCCGGCCUUCAAGUUGAAACAAUCAGCAGUUCGUAGAAGAUACAGUGAUUUCGAGUGGUUUAGAGAUGUUUUGGAGCGUGAGUCGACAAGAGUGAAUAUUCCCCCUUUACCAGGAAAGGUCUUUACAAAUAGAUUUGCAGAUGAGGUUAUCGAACAGCGUAGAGAAGGUUUAGAGCGAUUCUUACAAAUUGUGGCUGGUCACCCCUUAUUGCAGACUGGCAGUAAAGUGCUUGCCGCUUUCAUUCAAGAUCCCAAUUUCUCCCGUGAUAACUACAACUAUUAAUUUUUUCCCUUUUUUUUACCCCCCAAAGCAUAUAUAUAUAAAAAAUAAUGGCAUUGUUUUUUUUAAAAUGACGCAAUGUAUCACGUGGGAUAGCUUUCUUAUUUUAAGCUGAUGCGAGCAGUAGUGUGUGUAGCAAUGGGAAAGCAAAGUCUUGG